ACGAGUACGACAUCACCGACCUGCGCCACCACCUGCAGCGCGAGUGCAUGAACGGCGGCGAGGACUUCACCAGCCAGGUGACCCGCACGCUGGACUCCCUGCAGGGCUGCAACGACAAGGCCAACAUGGACCUCACACCGGCGGGUUCGGCCUUCCUGAACCCGGACGGCGACUCGGGCACCGAGGCCGACAGCGAGCCCCAGCUGACCUUCUACACCGAUCCCAACCGCAGCCGGCGUCGCAGCCGAGGUAUGCGCAAUGGUAACGCCAACACAGCCUGGGGCUCCGGGGGCUCCCCACGCAGCCCCGUCAACAAGACCACCCUGACUUUGAUCAGCGUGGUCAGCUGUGUGAUCGGCCUGGUCUACUCCUCACACCUGGCCUGCACCCCUACCGUCAAAGUCAUCCUCCACGUCCCUGAGCACCUCAUCGCCGACGGCUCCAGGUUCAUUCUGCAACAGGGCAGUCAGCUGGAGGCGUCGGAUUGGCUGAACCCGGCGCAGGUGCUGAUCUAUUACCAGAACGAGAGCGGGCCCUGGAUCCACGAGCUGUGCGGCCGCCGCCUGCUGGACCCCUGCGAGCACCAGUGUGACCCGGAGACAGGUGACUGUCUCUGUUUCGACGGCUACAUGCGAGACCCCGUGCACAAGCAUCUCUGUAUUCGUAACGAGUGGGGUCCGAACCAGGGCCCCUGGCCCUACACCAUUUUCCAGCGCGGGUUUGAUCUGGUGAUGGGAGAGCAGCCAUCCGAUCGCAUUUUCAGGUUCACCUACACACUGGGUGAAGGCAUGUGGCUGCCGCUGAGCAAAAGCUUUGUGAUCCCGCCAGCUGAGCUGGCCAUCAACCCCUCAGCCAAGUGCAAGACAGACAUGACUGUCAUGGAGGACGCUGUGGAUGUCAGAGAGGAGCUCAUGAUUUCCUCGUCCUUCGACAGUCUGGAGGUCCUGCUGGACUCGUUCGGUCCCGUGCGUGACUGCUCAAAGGACAAUGGCGGGUGCAGCCGGAAUUUCCGCUGCAUCUCUGACCGCAAGCUGGACUCAACUGGCUGUGUGUGCCCACCUGGCUUGAGCCCCAUGAAGGAUGGCACGGGCUGCUACGACCAUCACAUUGGCAUCGACUGCUCGGACGGCUUCAACGGCGGCUGCGAGCAGCUGUGUCUCCAGCAGCUGGCGCCUCUGGAGGAGGACCCCACCCUCUACAACAUCCAGAUGUUCUGCGGCUGUAUAGAGGAUUACAAGCGAGGGCCAGAUGGACGCUCCUGCCAGCCUCUGUCCGAGGCGUGCACGGACGCAGUGGACUGUGCUGAAGCGGCGGACAUCCCGGCCAACCAGACGGUGUUUGGAGAUCUCUUCUACGGCUACAACAACCACACCAAGGAGAUCACGUCCGGCCAGGUCCUGAAGGCCACCUUCAGACAGAAGAACUUUGCCCGGGGCAUUGAUCAGCAGCUCCCAGAUGGCAUGGUGGUAGCAUCCGUCCCAACAGAGGCCCAGUGCCACGAGGAGUUAUCUGACCCAGUGCCCGACCCGGAAUACUUGACUGGAAUGGUGAACUACAGUGAGGUCACUGGCUAUCCUCUUGUUCAGCACUGGAGACUGAGAUCCAUCCUGUACCACGUCAAGCUGAAUCAGUGGGUGCUCUCCCAAGCCUUCAGUUCAGCCGUUCACUCACUGGAUGGAGCCACUCUCCGCAGUGACUUUGUUUCCAUCCUGAAGGAGUUCGGGAACCACUUCAUCCAGGAGGCUGUCUACGGGUUCGAGGAGUCCUGCACCAUCUGGUAUCCCAACAAACAAGUCCAAAGGCAGCUUUGGCUGGAGUACCAGGACAUCAGCAAAGGGAACUCUCCAUCAGACGAGUCGGAGGAGCGUGACAAGGAGCCGCGCACACUUACCUACCCGGCCUACAUCGCCAGCCUGCUGGACUCGGGUGCCAAGCGCAUGGCGGCGGGGGUGCGCAUGGACUGCAGCAGCCAGGGCCAGUGCCCGCUGUCCUGCCACCUCUGCCACAUGAGCCCUGGGCCCGCACGUCCCGCCGAACCCGUCCUGCUCCAGGUCACCAAGGCCGCGCCCGUCUACGAGCUCGUCUCCAACAACGAGACCUUCCAGGCCCUGCAGGAGGCCAUGAUGAGCAUGCUCUGGUGCUCUGGCAAGGGCGACGUCAUUGACGACUGGUGCCGCUGCGACUCCAGUGCCUUCGGGGCCGAUGGCCUGCCAAUCUGUGCCCCGCUGCCCCAGCCCAUGUUGAGGCUGUCCCACACGUAUGAGCCCAGCAGCUCAUUGGUCAUCGUAGAGUGGAAGCACACCGAGCCACACAUCGGAGUACGCAUUGUGGAUUACCUCAUCAGUCAGGAGAAAGUGACAGAGAGGACAGACCACUCCAAAGUGGAGACAGAGACCAUGUUGAGUUUUGUGGAUGACAUCCUGUCUGGAGCCAAGUCUCCGUGUGUGAUGCUGGGGGACAUCCUGGACCCGCUGACCUCCAUCUCCAUGAUCAUUCGCUGCCUCGAGCCAGACACCACCUACAUGUUCCGGCUGUGGGCUGUGGAUAACACCGGCAGACGCUCUGACCCAAGCGAGGUCACCAUCAAGACUCCCUGUCCUGCAGUGGACGAUGUCAAAGCACAAGAAAUCUCAGACAAGAUCUAUAACCUCUUUAAUGGCUACACCAGCGGAAAGGAACAGCAGACAGCCUACAACACUCUCAUGGAUUUGGGCUCUCCCACUUUACAUCGAGUGCUGUAUCACUACAACCAGCGCUACGAGAGCUUUGGGGAGUUCACCUGGCGAUGUGAGGAUGAGCUGGGACCGAGGAAGGCCGGCCUGAUCCUCACACAGCUGGACGAGCUGAGCGGCUGGUGUCGGGCCCUGCUGCAGGAGCCCAAGAUCGGCCUCCGCCGGGCCUCUCUCAAGCACCUGUCCUGCCGCUACACCGACACCAAGGCGUUUGGCCUCAACUGGGUGGACCUCGGCCAAGACUUACAAAAGGCCUGCGACGAGCAGCUCCUCCCUGUGCUCUAUAAUGACUAUGGUGAGCCCAGGGAACUAUGAAUGUCACAAACACACAAGGGAUUAAUUUCAAAUGCUUUUUUCUCUCUGGCGAACUCUGUUUGUGCCCAGGAUCCCUUAAUGUUAUACACGGGGCUUUGUUAGAUCAAACAUUUGUUUCAUUGUUUACUAUUUUAUUUUUGAGUAAACCUCUUAAGGUGAGACUUAGAAGGGGUUAUUGGAGGGAUGGUUAAGACUUACACGUUUUUCAAUUGUUUUUUUUAUUAUUAUUAUUAUUAUUAUUAUUAUUAUUUAUUUUCAAUUGACUGUUUAUGUGAAGUUAAAUGCUAAUAAUUUCUGACUGCCUGAUAAUGUUGUUGUGUAUAUUAGCCCAUAUAAAGUAGACACUGGGAUGGCUCUCAUGGGUAGACUGGUUUACUUUUUUAAAAAAGAACAGAAGAAAUUCCUAGUUAGUGUGCAAAUUAUGUGUCUCUAUGUAGUGGAUAUAGGUAUGGAAGACUAUUAAAGGAUUUUAUUAAAAAGAUUCUGGCAUAGAACUUGUAAAAAUAAAUGAUUUCGUUACAUGCUGAAUGUAGUAUUCAAAAUGAAAAGCUUCAAAAUAGUAUUUAAACUGAUGUACAGGUCUUUUUUAUGGAGGAAGAACUUGCUGAAAGGUUGUGUACAGUUCAAUGUGUUAUAUGUUUUCUGUUUUUUUAUGACACAAUAUUCAACACGGGAGUGAUAAAAUUUGCCAAAAUUGUCAGACUAUUACAAUAUAUCAAUGUCUACAAUCAUUACCAUACCAUACUGGCAGUGGAGAAUACAAAUGCCAACACUCAUACAUAUAUACCUCUGUCAAACCACUGUCACCUUCCUUGUGAAUUGAACAGUGAUCUCUGUGAACUGAAAUGAUGUUGGACAUUGGGCUAACCGUGCUGAAACAUUGCCUUUUUCGCCAUAUUCAGUGUAACUACAAUGACCAGUGAUGCCCUGAUUGAAUAACAAACACAAGCCAGAUCAACAGUAGAGACUUCCUGUUUGUAUUCUUCUCUCGUUAUUUCUAAAUGGUGAUGGCGUAGUAGGCAAGACCACAUCGUCUCUGUGGUGCUGAAUUCUAACACUAGAGUAUGCUUGCUAUUUUUAGGUUUACUGACAUGUUAUAAGCUAAUAUAUUGUGCACAUUUUCUUCAACCUUUGAUAUUAAAAAUAAUAAUUAUGAUGAUGAUAAUAAUAAAGAAUACAAU